AUUUUGUUUAGAGAAUGGGUCAUCAUUUAAAGACAAAUCUAACCUCAUACAGACGCAAUAGGAAAGCACGGCAAAAAGCAAAGAAACUCGCACCUCCUCCACUGGAGUCCAGUGGAGCUGACAGUAAUGCAUCAAAUGAAGUUACUGAGACAUCCAUUGAGAAGACGCCUCAAACUUCACCCAAAACUUACUCUGCCUCAUCACCUGCACCUGACAAGUCUACAUGUAACUCAACUAAGGGUUCAAAGCCACGUGUAUUUUAUCAAUAUGAGACUGAUCCGUUGUAUUUAAAGUUUUGUGAAUACAAUCUCCUGGACUAUAGACUCAACAAGAUUUUAGAAGGAUCUUUUGAGAGGUCUUUCAACUGCUCGGGGAAAUAGGACACAUCAUAGGACGUCUACAGUGCCAAUCUUCGUCAUCAACAGUCUUUAGACAACAUGCUGUUUAUAAUUUUGUUUAAUAACAAUUUUAUACUGAACACC